UUUUGGCGCGAGGGGCUUUUCUAUUUGUCCCCGGACGGCGGUCGGCGAGGGUCAUUCCGGUUUUGAAGGCCGAGGCGGUUUCAUUGUUUGCUCCAGAGCCGCCUCGAUGGACCCUUCCGCCGGCCUCCCUCCGGCCAGGGCUUCCCACCGCCGGCGACUCCUCCUCAGCGACCAGCCGGGCCUCCGAAGCCCCCCCGACCGGCCCAGGAGGAGCCUGGCCGCCGGAAGUUCAAUUGAAAACUGCUUGCAAACGCUGGACGCAAAGAACGUCAACCUCCAAAGGACCUCUUCUUCUGAGUCUACAGAUUCAGGAUGCUGUAUGGAUUCACCCGUCCUGCUUGGCUUGAAAGACCUCGAAGAUGAAACUUUUCGAUUGCCUAUGCGAAGAAUGUAUUCCCUCCCGCACAGCCUUCUGGGAUGCAGCCCUGCCCUCAAAAGAGGCCUGGAUUUCCUCGGAUGCGACGCCUUCCAGGCCUGUGGCCCCGAAGAGAACAAGGAGAACGAGCCCUUUGAGUUCAAGAAGCCAUCGCAGCCGGUGUCUCGCAGCUGCCUGCGGACCUCUCCCAUCAAGGAUGAAAAGGAUGCUUCGGAGCUGAGGCAGAAAUUUGAUUCUGCGUUUACGUUUCCUAGUGGGGAAGUUCCUGGAAAAGACCCCGGGAGAUUCAACCCGGCCUUUGAGAGACGGCGUUCCCGAAAGGCCUCUGAGGCGGAGGAGGAAGAGGACGAUGGGUUCUUGGAGAUAAUGGAUGGCCCGGAUGCCGGCAGCAACGAAGAGAGGCCUUCGGACGUCGCGAGUCUUUGGACGGCCCCCUUAGUGAUGAAGAACAGAGAGGGCACCCACAACAAACGCUGCCGCUUGAUGGGCACGGAGCACCAGCCAUUCAGCAUGGCCAGGAUGGCGCUGAAGAGGAUGGAGAGGCCCCAAGAAGAUGCUUCUCCGUGUUGCAGCAAAAGGAUGAAGAACGUCUGCGCAGCACCUUCUGCUGAACUAACGAGCCUGGUCCUGGGUGGAGCGCAGGCCUCAUCGUCAUCGUCAUCUUCAGCGGAGAUAGAGAGCCUUCUGGACAGUGACCCAAGGGAUCUCGUUGGAGACUUUUCCAAGAGCUACCUUUUCAAAACCGUCAGUGGCAAACAUCAAGACCUGAAGUACAUUGACCCAGAAAUGAUUGUGGCUGUGCUGAAUGGGAAGUUUUCAGGAGACAUUAAAGACUGCGUCAUCAUCGACUGCAGAUAUCCCUAUGAGUAUGAAGGUGGACAUAUUAAGGGGGCUGUGAAUCUCCACAUGGAAGAAGACGUGGAGAACUUCCUGCUGAAGGAGCCCAUGGUCUCCUCGGGCAACAAGCGGGUCAUCAUCGUCUUCCACUGCGAGUUCUCCUCAGAGCGGGCCCCUCGCAUGUGUCGCUUUGUCCGGGAGCGGGACCGGCUGGGCAACGAAUAUCCCAUCCUGCACUAUCCCGAGCUCUACGUCCUGAAGGGAGGCUACAGGGACUUCUUUUUGAAGUGCAAGGGCUACUGCGAGCCCCAGGGCUACCGUCCCAUGCACCACGAAGACUUCAAGGAAGACCUGCGCAAGUUCCGCACCAAGAGCCGCACCUGGGCCGGCGAGAAGAGCAAGCGGGAGCAUUACAGCCGCCUGAAGAAGCUCUGAGGGCUCCCUUCCGGGGCAGGCGGGCGGGUGGACGGACGGACAAACCCUGCCGACCUUCUUGCCCAGAGGAGAGAACCGCUUCGGUCCUUUGGCCACUUUUCUUGCAGGACAGAACCAUCCCUUGUGGCCUUUGUUGUCUUCUGAAUCCCGUUGCGCCAGGCUUUGCACAUCUGCCUUCCAGCCGUGCUCAUUGCACCUUCCAAAACAAGGUCUAUCUGUAAAUUAGGAAGAUGGGAGGGAGGGAUAUUGGUUUUGAGAUUUUACUGUGGGAUUUUAAACGGUGCCUUUUUUAAAAAAACGGACUGGGCAAACUUGGGCCCUCCGGGUGUUUUGGACUUCAACUCUCGCCAUUCCUAACGGCCGGUAGGCCGUUAGGAAUGGCGAGAGUUGAAGUCCAAAACACCCGGAGGGCCCAAGUUUGCUUUGCUGCUCUUGACUUGUUCCAAUCCUUGGUUUGUACACAACAACAAGCCGAGAGCGUGGAAACGAAUUGCCUGCAGAUUCCUGUUUUGUAGGAACUGCUUCAACGUAUUCAUGUCAUGCUAAACCCUGGUUUCAUGUGUGUGCGCGCAGUCUGUGUGUCAGUAUUAAAAAAUAGUUGACAUCGGAGCGUUUGCUGGCGCGAGGAGGGCCGUCUGUGAGAUAUUUUAAUGUUUAAUUGCCCUUAGUAUUUGUGUGUCGGUGACACCAAAAUAAAUUUGGUGGUUGCCCUGCAAAGAGGUGGGUUGGCGGGAAGGUCAAAUAGGAUAUUUGCACAAAAUGCCUGCAUUUCGGUUCAGUGGCAUUCUUCAACAUCUCCAUCCAGUGCCUGUCCCAGGGAGGGAAGGGCUUUGUUUAUCGCCUUCUGCACAGGCAAAGGAUUUAUUUAUUUAUUCCCAUAAGCAAAGGUUGCCUUCCUGGGAAAGGGAACUCCAUAUUCUCCUGAUCUUAAAGGAUCCAUUUGUUGACUUUCCUGGCUUCUUCCUCCCAAAAGUCCAUAGUUUCCACCUUCUUGGUAUUGGCAUGAGAAACAAUGAUGGCUGUUUGUCCUUUUCAUUUGUGCAAAUGUCUUCAGAAGGGGGGGGGGAGGGAAUGUGGUGUUGGGGUGAAUGUUUUUAGAAGGCGGGGAGGCAGAAUUUGGAUUGACAUUAAGGCAAAAGGGCUUUCGACUGACACUCGGGGAAUAAAUAACCUUGUUCCCAAACGCU